CUUCUCCCGUAGGCCCCGAUCCUCCAAACUCUUACCCACCUGCUUAGGGACUGCUCAUGGCACAUGGCUGGAGGAAUGGGGCCUUGCUGUGUGUGUUGCAUUAGUGCCUAGAAGACCCGAAGGUUGAUGGCCCCAUUUUGCUAGGCGAUGAAUACACAAGAGCAGACACUGGUCCCUACUGAAGUUUGCGGAUUAAAGUCCUGAUCCUGUAAACUGAUUUGUGCGGGCAUUUCCCUCGGCCCACAAGGAACCUCAGGCGCUGGGCUUCGUGUGGGCUAUGCAAUCCUUAAGAGGAGAGGCUUAACUGACUCAUUGCUGUGCAAAGCUGUACUCCUAAGAAUUGCAUCAGAGGAAGACACCAGAAUUGCAUCAGGCAGAGGAUAUGAAGAAAGCAGUUCUUCAUUUUAAGUAGCUGUGACACAGCCUGCAAGAGAUUUCAAAAUGUGUGGUAUCUGGGCCCUUUUUGGAAGUGAUGAAUGCCUUUCUGUCCAGUGUCUAAGUGCCAUGAAAAUAGCUCACCGAGGUCCUGAUGCAUUUCGUUUUGAAAACGUCAAUGGCUUCACCAACUGUUGUUUUGGUUUCCAUCGUCUGGCGAUUGUUGAUCAAUUAUAUGGCAUGCAGCCUAUUCGGGUGAAGAAGUUUCCAUAUUUAUGGCUAUGUUACAAUGGAGAAAUCUACAAUUUCAGACAGCUGCAAAAGCAGUUUGGAUUUGAAUAUCAAACUUUAGUAGAUGGCGAGGUAAUCCUUCAUCUUUACAACAGAGGAGGAAUAGAGCAAACAGCCUCCAUGCUAGAUGGUGUGUUUGCAUUCAUCCUGCUGGACACUGCAAACAGGAAAGUGUUUCUGGGAAGAGAUACAUAUGGAGUCAGACCAUUGUUUAAGGUGCUGACUGAAGAUGGAUUCUUGGGUGUCUGUUCUGAGGCAAAAGGUCUUGUCAACUUAAAGCACUCCAUGUCCACUUGUCCUAAAGUGGAGCCUUUUCUUCCGGGACACUAUGAAGUGUUGGAUUUAAAACCAUCUGGCAAAGUUGCAUCAGUGGAACUGGUAAAAUUUCAUAGCUGUAAAGAUGAACCUCUGCAUGCUGUUUAUGAUACAGUGGAAAAUCUGCCUGCAGGUUUGGAUCUUGAAACCGUGAAAAGCAACAUUCGGCUUCUGUUUGAAAAUGCUGUUAAAAAACGUUUAAUGAGUCACCGAAGAAUUGGCUGUCUUUUGUCAGGGGGCUUGGAUUCCAGUUUGGUUGCUGCGAUGCUCCUGAAACUGAUGAAAGAAGCAAGCGUCAAUUACCCUUUACAAACCUUUGCCAUUGGAAUGGAAGACAGUCCUGAUUUAUUGGCUGCCAGAAAGGUAGCUGCUUAUAUUGGCAGUGAACAUCAUGAAGUAAUAUUUAAUUCUGAAGAAGGCAUUCAGGCAUUAGAAGAGGUUAUUUUUAGCUUGGAAACAUAUGAUAUUACAACAGUAAGAGCUUCAGUUGGUAUGUAUCUGGUUUCCAAACACAUACGCAAGAAAACAGACAGUGUGGUCAUUUUCUCAGGGGAAGGCUCGGAUGAGCUUACACAAGGCUAUAUUUAUUUCCAUAAGGCCCCGUCUCCUGAAGAAGCUAUGGAAGACAGUGAGCGGCUUCUGAGAGAACUCUACAUGUUUGAUGUACUUCGUGCAGACAGAACUACUGCAGCUCAUGGUCUUGAACUGAGAGUCCCGUUUUUGGAUCACAGGUUUACUUCUUACUACCUAUCCCUGCCAGCAGAACUCAGAAUUCCAAAGGAUGGAAUUGAAAAACAUCUCUUGAGAGAAUCGUUUCAGGAUUCCAACUUGCUUCCGAAAGAAAUACUCUGGAGACCCAAAGAAGCCUUCAGUGAUGGUAUAACAUCUCUCAAGAAGUCUUGGUUUUCAAUUCUCCAAGAUCAUGUUGAUCUCCAGGUUGAUGACCUUUUGCUGGAAAAGGCAGCAGAGAAAUUUCCUUUUAAUCCUCCUAAGACUAAAGAAGGUUACUACUACCGCCAGAUCUUUGAGAAGCACUACCCUGGGCGAGCUGACUGGCUUUCCCAUUACUGGAUGCCAAGAUGGAUUGAAGCUACAGAUCCUUCUGCUCGCACAUUGAAACAUUACAAAUCAGCUACCAAAGAAUAAGCAUUCCAGUAAUUUUGAAACAGAAAUUACUUGUUACCAAAUGGCUCUAUCUGCGCUAAAGCUGGUCAUGCACCCAAUAGUCUAAAGAAUAUUCUAAAUGGAUUUGGACAGUGGUAUUUAAGAUGGAAAAAGCACUUUUUAGCCAGUAUAAUAGUGUGAAAUUCACCCCACUGCAGAGGGCUUGCACAAAGACCUCUGCCUCACUUAAACUACAACUCUGGUCUGAAAAACUAUUCUGUGAAAAGGGCACCAUCUUGCUUAGCAGUUCUGCCCCUUGUUCAUACUCAGUCAGACUGGCUGACUUCAGUUACAAACAUACAUGUAUUUUUAACAUAAAGCCUCCUUGGAAGACUUGAAUGGCUCAUAUGAUGUGUGUUCUCCCGAAUUUCACUUUGGGGGGUAUAAAAUGAGCAUUUAUGGACUGGACAUUCUGUCUAGGCUCCUGUGUUUAAAAACUGUAGCAUUCAUGCGGUUACUGUAGACAUGGGCAAGAUCUACAGAGAUUUGCAAAUUCCUACAGGUACAGAGAGGCACCUAGUAGAAUUUACAGAAGUGCCUAAGCAAAGUCAAUGGGAGGUAGGUAUCUAACCUGCUUAGGCACUUCUGAAAAUCCCACUACAUUCUCAUUAGGCACUGGUGGGUAUGUCUACAUAGGGAUAAAAAACCUGCAGCUGGCCUGGGUCCACUGACUCAGGCUCCAGGACUGAAAAAUAGCUGUCUAGACAUUCAAGCUGGAGCUCGAGUUCUGGGACCCUGCAAGGGUGGAACAUCCCGGAGCUCGGGCUGGAGCCUGAGCCAGAAUGUCCACACAGCAAUUUUUAGCCCUGCAGUCCCUGCCAGCAAACCAAGGCCAGCCAUGGCCAUGCCGUGGGACUUUCAUCCUGCAUUAACAUAUUUGAAAUAUCUUUGUAGAUCUGGCCUGUCUAUACAUAUAGUGGUAAUGGGUUUGAUAUAAGAAUUUGAAACAUGGAAUAAAAUUGGCCAGUUAUAUCCUU